AUGAGCAGCGAGAUUGCGCAAGCGCCCACAGAGGAUAUUCCACUCUCGAGUGCCAUCGCAGACGACUUAGGCCUACCCUUAAACACCCAUCUGGAGCCUCCAGUUUCGAACGCCUACGAUUCUACGUCCUCUACAGAAAAACCGGCACUUGAUUCUACCUACGAUUCUCCAAUCCCAUCGUCGACAUCGAAUCCCUUACCCCCCGAGCCAAUAGAUAGUACACUGGGCGGAGAGGAUGAGAUAGCCUCGUCAUCGGCUGCGAUACCUGGCACGCAGGAGAAGCCAGCGGAAGGAGGGCUUGUACCCAACGUACCCAUACGAUCAUCCUCCACUGCGAAGACGCAGACACCAGGCAUAACACCAAUGAGUGAGCAGUCUGCUGGAGACCCAAUAUCAUUAUCGAAGAAAGGAUCAAAAGGUAGCAUUAGACAAAAAAGCCAGGUUGGUGGCAUUGUGGAAAAGAACCCGGUAGAAAAGGAGAAAGCGAGUCCCCUGACCGCUACGGACCCGGAGAAACUGGGCCGCGAAGAGCAAGCGACCAAGAAAACGAAGCCGAAGAAAAGGGGUGGAUUACUGUCAUUCCUCAACUGUUGCAGCGCACCAGAAAAUGCCAAUACGGUCGACGGUGGUGAUCAGGCAGUUCCGGCGAAAAAGGCCAAGGUGCUGCAACAAAAGCCUGGAAGGCAACCUACUCCGGUAGUAAAGGCGAACGCUAGCGCAGGAGAGUCGAGUACGGGUGAAUCGAAAGAGGUCGUGGAGGAAAGUAUAGGAGGACCAGAAUACUCAGAGCUUAAACCAGCUGCAAAACCCACGAUGAUCACAAGAUCAUCCAAAGACAAGGUGCCCGCAGAAAGGCCGGUCGCGCAGGCUCCACCUGUGCCAGCUACAGCAGAGACCACAGAACCGCCCGCGGCUACAGAAACUCGCGAUUCACCACUACCGCCUCUGCCAGCUUCGAACGUUUCUUCACCUCCAGAAGCGAGUACCGGACAGAGCAUGGACGCAACGCCGGUCAUCGCUGUUACCGCACCACCUCAAUUGAUUGAACCCGAUCAAUCUGUGGCCGAACAAGGAACCACAAUCAACGAUCGUACAACUCAACAAGAACAAGCGGACAGCGACAUUGCCAUGGUCGAUGCUCCACCACUCGCUGCAGCUGCAGAAGAACCAUCAACCACAACACGCGAUCCGACCCAGGCACAGGUGAAUCUGCCUCCUCCACCUCCACGAAAUGGCCAAGAUACGACAACUUCAGGAUCUAGUGCUGUCACGCCGAGUGAUAAGCAACGGUGGCUGUUGCCGCCACUUCAACCUCACUUCAAGGGUCGGAAAUGCUUAGUUUUGGACCUGGAUGAAACCUUGGUCCACAGUAGUUUCAAGAUACUCCACCAAGCCGACUUCACGAUACCUGUCGAGAUCGAGGGCCAAUUUCACAACGUUUACGUUAUUAAGCGACCAGGCGUUGAUCAAUUCAUGAAGCGAGUCGGUGAGCUCUAUGAAGUUGUUGUAUUUACUGCUUCGGUCUCAAAGUACGGCGAUCCACUGCUCGACCAACUGGACAUACACAAGGUCGUUCACCAUCGACUAUUCCGUGAGAGCUGCUACAACCAUCAAGGCAACUAUGUCAAGGAUCUCUCCCAAGUCGGCCGUGACCUACGAGAGACAAUCAUCAUUGACAACUCGCCCACAUCGUACAUCUUUCAUCCCCAACAUGCCGUGCCCAUCAGCAGCUGGUUCUCCGACGCCCACGAUAACGAGCUGUUGGAUCUCAUCCCCGUGCUCGAAGAUCUCGCAGGAAGCCAAGUCAGAGACGUGAGCUUGGUGCUUGACGUAUCAUUAUGA